AUGGCACAAAUCCCAUCAACAUACCCCUUCACGGCCUCUCGACGCAUCGUCUCAACCCACGACCCCGCUACCGGCCGCGCGGUCUUCAGCAAUCUCCCCGAAAACCCACCGGUUGGCCAGAUCCCCAGUGCAGGAGCCAAGACCGAGCCUUCGCGCAAUGUAAGAGUCUAUUCUACGAACACUUUCCCCGUCAGCGGGCUGUCGCCUGCGUCGCAAGUCACGACUGAAGAAGACGCCAAUCUGGAUGUCAAAGAGUAUGAGGAUGAGCUUGAGCAUCCUCAUCCGCCGGAUGGAUCGCGGCCCGGUCAGACGACGUGUCGAGUGUUGGAAAUGGCGCCAGGCGAUGCGGCGCCUAUGCAUCGGACAAUCACGUUUGAUUAUGGUGUUGUCAUUGAUGGGGAGGUCGAGUGGGAGCUUGACUCGGGCGAGACUAAAGUCUUGAAGAAGGGCGAUAUGUGCAUACAGCGAGGUACGGCGCAUGCAUGGAAGAAUGUCACGCCAGUCGAGAAUAAUAACGGGUGGGCGCGGAUAUUCUUCGUCAUGCUUGCUAGCGAAAAGAUUCGAGUCACGGACGGAAGAGAGCUGGGGUACGGAUUUGGCUUGUCUCGACAUGGCGAAGGGUCGAAUAGCCCAAAGUAG